AUGCCUCCAAAGAAGUUUAAAGAUCUAAACUCGUACCUUGACGACCAACCAGCGGACCCAGGCCUAGUUGCCUCUCCAUUCGGUGGUUAUUUCAAAAACCCUACUGCUGAUGCGAACAGUAAUAAUGCUACUAACAAGAGCAGUUACCAGCAACAGCGUAAUAGGACACAAGGUGGCAAUAACCAAAAUGCGCCUUUCCAACAGGGUGGCUACCAAAACAACCAGUCACACAACAAUAACUAUAAUAAAUACAAUAACCAAAUUUAUCAAAAAUCGAGUUAUAAACAGUCUGCUGUGACACCAAAUCAAAGUGGGACUCCAACCCCAUCUGCUUCUACUACAUCCUUGACUUCUCUGAAUGAAAAGCUUUGUAAUCUAGAAUUGACACCUAUUUCUCAGAUUUUGUCAAAAAUCCCUGAGUGUCAGAGUAUUACUGAUUGCAAAAAUCAAAUCAAAUUAAUCAUUGAAGAAUUUAGCAARGAAGGUAACACUACAGGUGAAAACAUUGGACAAUGGAAAAUUGUCGAUGUCCUAUCUAAAUUCAUCAAACCUAAGAAUCCCCCAUUAGUUAGGGAAUCAGCCAUGCUAGUUGUUUCUAGUAUUGCCCAGUUUUUUAACGGCAAGGCUCCACAAGAAGCUUACUUGUUGCCAUUUUUCAAUGUCGUCCUUGAUUGUAUUUCCGAUAAAGAAAACACCGUCAAGCGCGCAGCACAACAAGCCAUCGAUAAUUUAUUGAAUUGCUUUCCAAUGGAAGCUUUGACUUGUAUUGUUUUACCAACAAUCUUAGACUUCUUAUCAUCAGGUGCUAAAUGGCAAGCCAAGAUGGCCGCUUUGACUGUUGUUGAUAGAAUAAGAGAAGAUUCUGCGAACGAUUUAUUGGAAUUGACUUUCAAGAACACCGUUCCAGUUUUGACUGAUGUAGCCACUGAUUUCAAACCGGAAUUGGCUAAGCAAGGUUACAAAACAUUACUCGACUACGUUUCUAUCCUCGAUAACUUAGAUUUAUCUCCUCGUUACAAGUUGAUCGUGGAUACUCUACAAGAUCCAUCUAAGGUGCCUGAAUCCGUGAAGUCCUUGUCCAGUGUUACCUUUGUUGCCGAAGUCACUGAACCUUCUCUUUCGUUGUUAGUUCCUAUCUUAAACAGGUCUCUAAACCUAUCUUCUUCAUCCCAAGAACAAUUAAGACAAACUGUUAUUGUGGUGGAAAAUCUAACAAGAUUAGUGAACAAUCGUAAUGAAAUUGAAAGUUUCAUCCCUCUACUAUUACCUGGUAUCCAAAAGGUCGUCGACACUGCCUCUUUACCUGAAGUCCGUGAAUUGGCUGAGAAGGCCCUUAUCAUUUUAAGAGAAGAUGACGAGCCUGAAAAGGAAAACAAAUUCUCAGGCAGAAUGACUCUACAAGAAGGUAGAGAUUUCUUACUGGAUCACCUCAAGGACAUCAAAGCUGAUGAUUCUUGUUUUGUCAAACCUUUUAUGAAUGACGAAACCAUCAUAAAUUACAUGAGUAAGAUCUUAACCGUUGAUUCUAAUGUUAAUGAUUGGAAGAGACUAGAAGAAUUUUUGACCGCCGUUUUUGGUGCUUCCCAAAAAGAAUUUGUUCAACAAGAAUUUAUCCAUAACUUGAGAGCUCUAUUUUACCAAGAAAAGGAACGUACCGAUGAGGAUGAGGGUAUUGAAAUUGUCAACACUGAUUUCUCCCUAGCUUACGGUUCAAGAAUGUUAUUGAACAAAACUAACUUGCGUCUUUUGAAAGGUCAUCGUUACGGUUUAUGUGGUAGAAAUGGUGCUGGUAAAUCCACUUUGAUGAGAGCAAUUGCUAAUGGUCAAUUGGAUGGGUUUCCUGAUAAGGACACAUUACGUACCUGUUUCGUCGAACAUAAACUACAAGGUGAAGAGGGUGAUUUAGAUCUAGUUUCUUUCAUUGCUCUGGAUGAAGAAUUACAAUCCACCUCUCGUGACGAAAUUGCAAAGGCUUUGGAGUCUGUUGGAUUCGACGAAGAAAGAAGAGCUCAAACCGUUGGGUCUUUAUCCGGUGGUUGGAAAAUGAAAUUGGAAUUGGCAAGAGCUAUGCUACAAAGAGCUGAUAUCUUGUUGUUAGAUGAACCUACCAAUCAUUUGGAUGUUUCAAACGUCAAAUGGUUAGAAGACUAUUUGCUAGAACAUACCGAUAUCACUUCACUAAUUGUUUCCCAUGACUCUGGUUUCUUGGACAUUGUCUGUUCAGACAUCAUUCAUUAUGAAAACAAGAAACUAGCUUACUACAAAGGUAACUUGGCCGCAUUUGUUGAGCAAAAGCCUGAAGCUAAGUCCUACUAUACUUUGACCGAUUCCAACGCUCAAAUGCGCUUUCCACCUCCAGGUAUUCUAACAGGUGUUAAAUCUAAUACCAGGGCGGUCGCUAAGAUGACAGAUGUUACCUUUGGUUAUCCAGGUUCUCAGAAGCCUUCAUUAAGCCAUGUGUCUUGUUCGUUAUCUUUAUCUUCCCGUGUGGCUUGUUUAGGUCCAAAUGGUGCUGGUAAAUCCACCUUAAUCAAGUUAUUAACAGGUGAGUUAGUUCCAAAUGAAGGUAAAGUGGAAAAGCAUCCUAACUUACGUAUUGGUUACAUUGCUCAACAUGCCUUACAACACGUCAACGAACACAAGGAAAAGACAGCAAACCAAUAUUUGCAGUGGCGUUAUCAGUUCGGUGAUGAUCGUGAAGUUUUGUUGAAGGAAUCCAGAAAGAUUUCCGAGGAUGAGAAGGAAAUGAUGACUAAGGAAAUCGAUAUCGAUGACGGUAGAGGUAAGAGAAUUAUCGAGGCUAUUGUCGGUAGACAAAAAUUGAAGAAAACUUUCCAAUAUGAAGUCAAAUGGAAAUACUGGAAACCAAAAUACAAUUCUUGGGUGCCAAAGGAUGUUUUGGUGGGACAUGGGUUUGACAAACUGGUCCAAAAAUUCGACGAUCAUGAAGCUUCCAGAGAAGGUUUAGGUUACCGUCAAUUGAUUCCUUCGGUUAUUACCAAGCAUUUUGAAGAUGUUGGUCUUGAUUCUGAAAUUGCUAACCACACACCACUAGGCUCCUUAUCUGGUGGUCAACUAGUUAAGGUUGUUAUUGCAGGUGCUAUGUGGAAUAACCCUCAUUUACUUGUUUUGGAUGAACCUACCAAUUAUCUGGACAGAGAUUCUCUUGGGGCUUUGGCCGUUGCUAUUCGUGACUGGAGUGGUGGUGUUGUUAUGAUUUCGCAUAACAAUGAAUUUGUUGGUGCCUUGUGUCCAGAACAAUGGAUUGUGGAGAACGGUAUAAUGGUUCAAAAGGGUACCGGACAAAUCGAUCAAUCUAAGUUUGAAGAUGGUGGUAAUGCCGAUGCCGUUGGCGUGAAAGCCGCCAACCUAAAACCAUCUGUCGAUGACGAUGACUCUCCCGCUAAUAUCAAGGUUAAGCAAAGAAAGAAGAGAUUGACAAGAAACGAGAAGAAGGUACAAGUCGAACGUCGUCGUUUACGUUACAUCGAAUGGUUGUCGUCUCCAAAGGGAACACCAAAACCAGUCGAUACUGACGAUGAAGAAGAUUAA